CGACGCGCAUCUGCCUAUCUAUCCCCUGCGGCGGACGGGCGCUGCAUCGCGUCUCGCGCCCGGCCGGAAUCCGAAAUCUAGCCGCGCGGGCCAGGGCGGCCACAGGCCACGUAAAAAGCCGCCACCCCACCGUACUCCCACGUCGUCGCUAUAAAAACCCCACACCCGUACCCCUUCACCCAUCAUCCACCACCAACCGAUCCAUCCAUCCAUCCAUCUGCCGCAAAUCUCCUCGUCGUUUCGCCGACCAGCUCUCGCUGCCGCCCGCGUUUGAUCGAGCAAGUCGAUCGUUGGUUAGCGCGUACGUACGUCUUGGUCAUUUGCAGCUGCCACACCUCCGCGCCAUCACUACAAACUCGAUCGAUCGAUCAGAGAGUAGUGCAGCGCGCGGUUGGGCAUCAUGCUGCACGAGGCGGCGCCCUGCACGUGCGGGCUGCUCUACGGCAGCUGCGGCGGCGGCUGCUCGCUGCUGUUCCCGGCGGGGGCGCCGGGGGACCACCACCACCACCACCACUACAAGCAGUACUGCGGCGCCGGCGACGGGGAGUACCCCGACGUGCCGUACGGCGGCGGCGGCUCGGUGGACUGCACGCUGUCGCUCGGCACGCCGUCGACCAGGCGCGCCGAGGCCGCGGUAGCGGGGUUGCCGUGGGAUCAGUCGUCUUUGCAGCCCAGCUGCAACGGGCGGCAGGAGAUGAGCGGCGCCGCGGCGCCGCGCACGGAGCCCAGCGGUGGCGCGGGCGCCGCCGCCGCGUCGGCUCCUCGCCGCUGCGCCAACUGCGACACGACCUCCACGCCGCUCUGGCGGAACGGCCCACGCGGACCAAAGUCGCUGUGCAACGCGUGUGGCAUCCGGUACAAGAAAGAGGAGAGGCGCGCCGCCGCGGCGGCCGUGGCGCCGACGGCGCUGGCGUCGGACGGCGGGGUGGAGUACGCGUACGGGUACCCGCGGCAGCAGCAGCAGUGGGGAUGCUAUGGGCCGGCCGUGGCAAAGGCGGCGUCCUUCGGCAUGUUCGGUGACGCGGCGGGCGAGGACGGGCCGUGCCUGCCGUGGGGGCUCGGCGUCAUGCCCUCGUCGCCGGCGUUCGGCGCCGUCCGGGAGAUGCCAAGCCUGUUCCAGUACUACUAGCUAGGCUACCAGCCUCAUCUUACUCCCUCUUCACUCACUAGAUCUCUUUUCUCCCCUUUUUAGUAACAACAAGAUGCUGUACUUCUUUUUGAGGGCAUGAGAUGCUGUACUUGACCAACGACCCCAGCUGCAUGAAAGUUGAAGCUGAUAUGUAUGGUCAUCAAGUUUUCUAUACUAGGCUGCAUUUUGUCAUCAGCGUCCAUUGCCAUUUGUAAUGUCUAUUAUUUGAGUAAAAUAGAUUUUUAAGGCAAAUUAGCCAAACAUUAAUUAUA